AUGGCAAGAGCUUCUUCUUCUAGAAACAAAAAACAAAGACAUGAUCCACUUUUAAAGGAUUUGGAUGCAGCCCAAGGUACCUUGAAAAAAGUUAACAAAUGGAAAGUAGCAAAAACUGAAGCUGCUGAAACCGAUGCUGGAAAGGGUGAAGAUGGCUAUAUAGAUUCCAAAGCAUCGAGAAAAAUUCUACAGUUGGCAAAGGAACAACAAGAUGAGAUCGAAGGUGAAGAACUUGCUGAAUCAGAAAGAAAUAAGCAACUCGAAGCCAGAUUCACCACCAUGAGUUAUAACGAUGAAGAUGACGAUGACGACGAAGAGGAAUUUGAAGAGGAUAUAUCAGAUUUCGAGCCGGAAGGAGAUUAUAAAGAAGAGGAAGAGGUUGUUGAGAUUGACGAAGAAGAUGCUGCGAUGUUCGAACAAUACUUCAAGACAUCAAAUGACUUUAAUUCUUUAGGUGGUAGCUACAACCUUGCGGAUAAGAUUAUGGCCUCUAUUAAAGAGAAGGAGAGCCAAAUUGGAGAUAUGCAAGACGAUGAACAAGCUGCUAAUGAACAGGGUACCUCAAGAGGCAAUAUAUCAUCCGGUUUGAGAAGCGGAGAAGGUGUUGCAUUACCGGAGAAGGUUAUUAAAGCAUAUACCACGGUCGGUAGUAUCUUGAAGACCUGGACUCACGGUAAAUUACCAAAGUUAUUCAAGGUUAUCCCAUCUUUACGAAAUUGGCAAGAUGUUUUAUAUGUUACCAACCCGGAGGAAUGGUCACCACACGUUGUUUAUGAGGCAACAAAAUUAUUUGUAUCUAACUUAACAGCCAAAGAGUCUCAGAAAUUCAUCAGUCUAAUUCUACUUGAACGUUUCCGUGAAAACAUUGAAACCAGUGAAGACCACUCUUUGAACUAUCACAUAUACCGAGCCGUAAAGAAAUCGCUUUAUAAACCAAGUGCCUUUUUCAAAGGCUUUUUAUUCCCACUGGUCGAAACGGGUUGUAACGUACGUGAAGCCACAAUUGCCGGAAGUGUGCUUGCUAAAAUCUCUGUUCCAGCUUUACAUUCUUCAGCAGCCUUAAGUUAUCUUUUAAGAUUGCCUUUCUCUCCACCUACAACCGUAUUCAUUAAAAUUCUACUUGAUAAGAAAUAUGCAUUGCCAUACCAAACGGUCGAUGAAUGUGUUUAUUACUUUAUGAGGUUUAGAAUUGUGGAUGACGGCAGUAAUGGGGAAGAUUCUACAAGAGUGCUCCCAGUGAUAUGGCACAAAGCUUUCUUGACGUUUGCACAGCGUUACAAGAACGAUAUAACCCAAGACCAAAGAGAUUUCUUAUUAGAGACCGUCCGUCAAAGAGGUCACAGGGAUAUUGGUCCUGAAAUUAGAAGAGAACUAUUGGCAGGUGCUAGUAGAGAGUUUGUUGAUCCUCAAGGAGCUAAUGAUGAUUUAAUGAUCGACGUCAAUUAG